AUGAGUGUUUUGCUACAUCUACAUUAUCGUUUGCUUGUGGAUAGGGUUCACAUUGCUGACAAAGUUGUCACAAGGUUAGAGGAGAAAUUUAGAGCUGAAUUGUACAGGUUUGUCGCUGCAGCCCCUGCAUAUCAGAACUGGCAUGCUUUCGUGGCCAAAUUUUUGAAAGGCUUGCACACCGAAGACUUGCAAUGGCGGAACAUUUCCCAUACGCUCGAACCAGGAAACAAAAGUCAGCUAUUAAACCUCCCUCGACUUGAGAUAAAAGACUGUUGGACAGUUGAUGACAUUGAAAACUUUAAAUAUUGCAAGCCAAUAAUCAAGAAUUUCGAAACAAUCGAUGCAAUCUACAUUCGCCGUCGCAGGGGUGAGUCAGCCAAAUACAAAAUUCAGCACUAUUUUGUUGUCCCAAAGGACAAUUAUCAUGAUUUCAAGAAACAGCCUAUUACAGUAAUUAAAGAAGUGUGUGGUAUAGCACAAACUACCCCAAAGUAUCAAGCCUUGGAUUCGAGAAAAGGGUCUACAAAAGAGGCAUUAGUGGUAGGUCCAAAUCUCGAUAACUUUCCUAUAAGAAUUAUUGGUAACACCAUAAAAUUUGGACCGCGUAGAGCUUUCCUAGGAAGGUCACCCACAAGAGGACGAGUGACCAUCGCUGAAAUGCGGGUUGUCCGAACAGUGAAGACAUUACAGCGCAACGAAGAAGAUAGUAUCAGUCGCUUGAAAAAUAUUUCUUCUCGUAGACGACGUAUUACGUCAACCGCCAAAUUAACAAGACUGUCAAAGCUCUUCCAGAUAUUCAGGAAACAUCAAAAGCCGAUGUCUUCAUCAGACCUGGAUUAUAAUAACAUGGACAUAUGGCAGACUGAUACAACAGUCGAAAACCUUUAA